GCCAAACCAAGGCGAAUCAAACCGAAGGCAACCAAUACGACGUAAUUUUCAUGACAGCAGAAAACGGCCUCCGACAACGGAGAUCUUCCGUUGAAACUACAAACUCAAAGCUAMAUUCAUUGCUGUCGAAAUCCACGAUUGAGGACGAUAAUGCAAACGAAAACAAUAGCAGCAGCAAUCGCAUUCCCAAGGGCCCCCGCUCAGCCAUGUCGGGAGACCAGGUCCAGAAAGACGAGAAACGCAAAUCCAAGUUUCUGGUCCGCGUUGUGUCGGGCUUUGGUCUCAUUUCCGUCUUUUCCUCUUGCAUAUUUCUUGGACACCUUUACGUGUGUGGGAUCGUUGCGCUGGCGGAAUUCCUUCUCUUUCGCGAACUGGUCAAGGUGCGUUACAACACGUACUUUGCGCAGGUGAAGAACAACACCGUCCCGCUCUUUCGGACAACCCAGUGGGCCUGGUUUUCGGUGGCUAUUUUUUACACGUACGGGGAUUUUGCCUGUGAGGUGAUCCAAUCCAAUUCCGACUUGCAUUAUUUGGUGCCRUACGCUCAGUACCUCAACACUGUAGCCUUCGGGCUUUACAGCGGUGUCUUUGUGCUCACGAUUGCCACCAUGCAAAACGGUCAUAUCAAGUUCCAGCUCAACCAGCUGUGCUGGACGAUUGUGGUUUUGUGUCUAACGGUGGGUCAGAUGAAGUAUAUCAUGCAUAACAUUUUCAACGGGCUCUUUUGGUUUACCUUUCCCUUUUUACUGGUCGUUGUCAACGACAUUAUGGCCUAUUUUUGUGGGAUGUCCAUGGGACGCAAGUUCAUAAAGCGACCUUUUAUCUGGUUUUCUCCCAAUAAGACAUGGGAAGGGUUUAUCGGUGAGCAUACUAUUCAUUUGCUUGUUGGAGCGUAGAGCAAUCCUAUCUACGCGUAGGGCAUUGGUGCCUCACGGAGUUUUUCUUUUCAUUCCUUCCCCGUGCACGCUUUGCAACGGCUCUCAACACAACAUCGCAGGUGGCGGAGUAUGCACUAUGAU